AUGUCGCUUUCUUUAGUCAAGAAGCGAUUCAAGCCAUCGAGAAUGACUUCUACAUGGAUGACUUCAUCAAGUCCGAUAGAGGGCGUCCCUCCUGCCGUGCUGCUAACCCAAGAGCUGGUAGAGUUAGCCGCCAAGGGAGGAUUUAGACUCCAUAAAUGGUUGUCUAAUGAGAGAGAAGUCCUAGCCGCGUUAAACGUUACCGAGACAGCCGUACAGGAGCUUGACUUCGACCAGGCCGACAUCCCAAGCCAGAGAACUCUAGGAAUGCAAUGGAACAUCCAAGAAGACACGUUCACCUUCAGCUGUCAACCGAAGGACACGCCAUUGACUAAGCGAGGACUCGUCAGCACCAUGUGUUCAGUCUUUGACCCAUGUGGCUUCAUCUCGGCAUUCAUCGCUCGAGCCAAGUUUAUGGUACAAGACCUCUGGCUGAAACACAUCGAGAUUCACGUAUUCGGUGAUGCGUCCGAAGCCGGCUUUGGUGCAGUUGCCUAUCUCCGUUACGAGACGCCUCAGGGUGAUACCCGCUGCUCCUUCCUUGCCUCAAAGACCUGUGUAGCGCCGUUGAAGGUUUUGAAGAUUCCAAGACUGGAAUUGCAAGGAGCCGUCUUAGCUGCACGCCUGGGAGUCAAGUUGGAGGCAGAACUGAAGGUCAAGGUCGUUAGAAGAAUCCACUGGUCCGACCCUGAGGUUGUCCUCAAGUACCUGCAAAACGACACCAAAAGAUUUCGUCCUUUCAUCGCGAACCGGGUAGUUGAAAUCGUGGAUCUCACCGACCGAGAUUUAUGGCGUCACGUACCCACGGACCAGAAUCCAGCCGAUCUUUGCACUAGAGGGCUACAGAUAUCGUCCUUCAAAGAAGAUGCCGGCUGCUUAUGGUUUCACGGACCCCAGUUCCUGAAGCUCACCAAGGACUGUUGGCCUGCCACCAAUCUUGGCUCAACAUGUCUUGAUUUGUCCGAUCCUGAGCUGAGAACCAUGGUGCACAACCUUACGGCAGCGACCGGGCCUAGUGACGACAAUGCAAAUGACGACGCAGUAGAUGUUGGUCAGCCAGGACCAAAUCAGAUACCUGAGGUCAAACCUCUAGCAACCUUUAACCUGGAGUCUAUCCUCAACCCCGGGGAUGUCUCAUCUUGGUCUCGAUUCGUCAAGAAGUCAGCAUGGAUACAGCGAGCAGUCCAGAACUUCACAUCAGCCGUGCCCAGGCUGGCCAAGCGGGAUCCCAACUUGACUGCAGAGGAGAUUGAGGCAGCCACGCUGUUCUGGGUACGCAUCGCCCAACGAGAAGUGUUCACUGAAGAGUUGGAGUGUCUUCAAAGAGAGCAGCCAGUCGGUCAGAAAAGUCGUCUCGUCAACCUAGGACCAUUCUACAAUGAAGCCAGCCGUUGUCUAAGAGUUGGUGGUCGACUGCGUAAGGCCUCGAUUCCAGAAGAUGCCAAGUUCCAGCUGAUACUCCCAACGAGACAUCCCGUCACUCACCUGAUCGCCAAACAGACUCAUCGCCAUCUUGCCCACUGUGGUCAAGAACACCUGGUUGCAGAGUUGAGACAGAAAUACUGGCCAGUAUGGGCCAGGGAAGCAGCUAAGCGAGCAAUCCGAGAUUGUCUGCUCUGUGAGCUCCAGAAAGCUAAGCCGUGCAUCCCGAGAAUGGCUGAUCUACCAGCACCUCGCUUGCAGGCCACCGCCGGUCCGUUUGCUUACUGCAGUGUCGACUAUUGGGGGCCCAUGCUGGUGAAAGAGAGAAGAAGCACCAUCAAAAGAUGGGGGUGUCUGUUUACCUAUUUGUCUACUCGCGCCCUGCAUCUGGAACUUGCCGACAGCCUAGAAACUGACGACUUUCUGCUGUGCCUGCGCAACUUCAUCGGUCGGCGCGGCCAUCCCAAAGAGAUGUUUAGUGACAACGAGACUAACUUUAAGGGUGCAGACGCUGAAUUGGUCUGCUGUCUCCAAGACCUCGACCAGAAUAAGAUUCUGGGCCGCCUCUCGCCGCAAGGUAUAACGUGGCACUUCAACCCGCCCUCAGCUCCACACUUCGGAGGAGCCUGGGAAAGACUAGUCCAGUCAGUUAAGACCGUGCUGAAAGCCACAAUGAAGAAUACGCUAGUCUCCGACUCCGUGUUACGAACAGCACUGAUCGAAGUGGAAGGAGUCCUCAAUAGCUGA